CCCUGGCGGUACCACCAUGCCAGGCCUCAGUCAGGAAUCUACAGCUUCCCACAGCAGCCCAGGCUCCACAGACACGACACUGUCCCCUGGCAGUACCACAGCAUCAUCCCUUGGUCCAGAAUCUACUACCUUCCACAGCAGCCCAGGCUCCACUGAAACAACACUCUUACCUGACAACACCACGACCUCAGGCCUCCUUGAAGCAUCUACGCCCGUCCACAGCAGCACUGGAUCGCCACACACAACACUGUCCCCUGCCGGCUCUACAACCCGUCAGGGAGAAUCUACCACCUUCCAGAGCUGGCCAAGCUCAAAGGACACUAGGCCUGCACCUCCUACUACCACAUCAGCCUUUGUUGAGCUAUCUACAACCUCCCACAGCAGCCCGAGCUCAACUCCAACAACCCACUUUUCUGCCAGCUCCACAACCUUGGGCCGUAGUGAGGAAUCGACAACAGUCCACAGCAGCCCAGUUGCAACUGCAACAACACCCUCGCCUGCCCGCUCCACAACCUCAGGCCUCGUUGAAGAAUCUACGACCUACCACAGCAGCCCGGGCUCAACUCAAACAACGCACUUCCCUGAAAGCGCCACAACUUCAGGCCGUGGUGAAGAAUCAACAACUUCCCACAGCAGCACAACACACACAAUAUCUUCACCUCCUAGCACCACAUCUGCCCUUGUUGAAGAACCUACAAGCUACCACAGCAGCCCGGGCUCAACUGCAACAACACACUUCCCUGACAGCUCCACAACCUCAGGCCGUAGUGAGGAAUCAACAGCAUCCCACAGCAGCCAAGACGCAACGGGAACAAUAGUCCUACCUGCCCGCUCCACAACCUCAGUUCUUCUUGGAGAAUCUACGACCUCACCCAUCAGUUCAGGCUCAACGGAAACGACAGCGUUACCCGGCAGUACCACAACGCCAGGCCUCAGUGACAAAUCUACCACUUUCCACAGUAGCCCCAGAUCACCAGCCACAACACUCUCACCUGCCAGCACGACAAGCUCAGGCGUCAGUGAAGAAUCCACCACCUCCCACGGCCGACCAGGCUCAACGCACACAACAGCAUUCCCUGGCGGUACCACCAUGCCAGGCCUCAGUCAGGAAUCUACAGCUUCCCACAGCAGCCCAGGCUCCACAGACACGACACUGUCCCCUGGCAGUACCACAGCAUCAUCCCUUGGUCCAGAAUCUACUACCUUCCACAGCAGCCCAGGCUCCACUGAAACAACACUCUUACCUGACAACACCACGACCUCAGGCCUCCUUGAAGCAUCUACGCCCGUCCACAGCAGCACUGGAUCGCCACACACAACACUGUCCCCUGCCGGCUCUACAACCCGUCAGGGAGAAUCUACCACCUUCCAGAGCUGGCCAAGCUCAAAGGACACUAGGCCUGCACCUCCUACUACCACAUCAGCCUUUGUUGAGCUAUCUACAACCUCCCACAGCAGCCCGAGCUCAACUCCAACAACCCACUUUUCUGCCAGCUCCACAACCUUGGGCCGUAGUGAGGAAUCGACAACAGUCCACAGCAGCCCAGUUGCAACUGCAACAACACCCUCGCCUGCCCGCUCCACAACCUCAGGCCUCGUUGAAGAAUCUACGACCUACCACAGCAGCCCGGGCUCAACUCAAACAACGCACUUCCCUGAAAGCGCCACAACUUCAGGUCGUGGUGAAGAAUCAACAACUUCCCACAGCAGCACAACACACACAAUAUCUUCACCUCCUAGCACCACAUCUGCCCUUGUUGAAGAACCUACAAGCUACCACAGCAGCCCGGGCUCAACUGCAACAACACACUUCCCUGACAGCUCCACAACCUCAGGCCGUAGUGAGGAAUCAACAGCAUCCCACAGCAGCCAAGACGCAACGGGAACAAUAGUCCUACCUGCCCGCUCCACAACCUCAGUUCUUCUUGGAGAAUCUACGACCUCACCCAUCAGUUCAGGCUCAACGGAAACGACAGCGUUACCCGGCAGUACCACAACGCCAGGCCUCAGUGACAAAUCUACCACUUUCCACAGUAGCCCCAGAUCACCAGCCACAACACUCUCACCUGCCAGCACGACAAGCUCAGGCGUCAGUGAAGAAUCCACCACCUCCCACAGCCGACCAGGCUCAACGCACACAACAGCAUUCCCUGACAGCACCACCACGCCAGGCCUCAGUCGGGAUUCUACAACUUCCCACAGCAGCCCAGGCUCAACGGAUACAACACCGUUACCUGCCAGCACCACCACCUCAGGCCCCAGGCAGGAAUCAACAACUUCCCACAGCAGCCCAGGUUCAACUGACACAGCACUGUCCCCUGGCAGUACCACAGCCUUAUCCUUUGGUCAAGAAUCUACAACCUUCCACAGCAGCCCAGGCUCCACUCACACAACACUCUUCCCUGACAGCACCACAAGCUCAGGCAUCGUUGAAGCAUCUACACGCGUCCACAGCAGCACUGGCUCACCACGCACAACACUGUCCCCUGCCAGCUCCACAAGCCCUGGACUUCAGGGAGAAUCUACCGCCUUCCAGACCCACCCAGCCUCAACUCACACAACGCCUUCACCUCCUAGCACCACAACAGCCCCUGUUGAAGAAUCUACAACCUACCACCGCAGCCCAGGCUCGACUCCAACAACACACUUCCCUGCCAGCUCCACAACUUCGGGCCACAGUGAGAAAUCAACAAUAUUCCACAGCAGCCCAGAUGCAAGUGGGACAACACCCUCGCCUGCCCACUCCACAACCUCAGGUCGUGGAGAAUCUACAACCUCUCGCAUCAGUCCAGGCUCAACUGAAAUAACAACGUUACCUGGCAGUACCACAACACCAGGCCUCAGUGAGGCAUCUACCACCUUCUACAGCAGCCCCAGAUCACCAACCACAACACUCUCACCUGCCAGCAUGACAAGCCUAGGCGUCGGUGAAGAAUCCACCACCUCCCGUAGCCAACCAGGUUCUACUCACUCAACAGUGUCACCUGCCAGCACCACCACGCCAGGCCUCAGUGAGGAAUCUACCACCGCCUACAGCAGCAGCCCAGGCUCAACUGAAACCACAGUGUUCCCUCGCAGCACCACAACCUCAGUUCGUGGUGAAGAGCCUACAACCUUCCACAGCCGGCCAGCCUCAACUCACACAACACUGUUCGCUGAGGACAGCACCACCUCGGGCCUCACUGAAGAAUCUACAGCCUUCCCCGGCAGCCCAGUCUCCACCCAAACAGGGUUACCUGCCACACUCACAACCGCAGACCUCGGUGAGGAAUCAACAACCUUUCCCAGCAGCUCAGGCUCAACUGGAACAACACUCUCACCUGCCCGCUCCACCACCUCUGGCCUCGUUGGAGAAUCUACACCCUCACGCCUCAGUCCAAGCUCAACCGAAACAACAACUUUACCCGGCAGUCCCACAACACCAAGCCUCAGUGAGAAAUCAACCACCUUCUACACUAGCCCCAGAUCACCAGAUGCAACACUCUCACCUGCAACCACAACAAGCUCAGGCGUCAGCGAAGAAUCCAGCACAUCCCACAGUCAACCAGGCUCAACGCACACAACAGCGUUCCCUGACAGCACCACCACCUCAGGCCUCAGUCAGGAACCUACGACUUCCCACAGCAGCCAAGGCUCAACAGAGGCAACACUGUCCCCUGGCAGUACCACAGCCUCAUCCCUUGGUCAACAAUCUACCACCUUCCACAGCAGCCCAGGCGCCACUGAAACCACACUCUUACCUGACGACACCAUAACCUCAGGCCCCGUGGAGGCAUCUACACCCACCCACAGCAGCACUGGCUCGCUACACACAACACUGACCCCUGCCAGCUCCACAAGCACUGGCCUUCAGGAAGAAUCUACCACUUUCCAGAGCUGGCCAAGCUCGAGUGACACAACACCUUCACCUCGCGGCACCACAGCAGCCCCUGUUGAAGUAUCCACAACCUACCACAGCCGCCCGAGCUCAACUCCAACAACACACUUUUCUGCCAGUUCCACAACCUUGGGCCGUAGUGAGGAAUCAACAACAGUCCACAGCAGCCCAGGUGCAACUGGAACAACACUCUUCCCUACCCGCUCUGCAACCUCAGUUCUUGUUGGAGAACCUACAACGUCACCCAUCAGUUCAGGCUCAGUGGAAACAACAGCAUUACCUGGCAGUACCACAACAGCAGGCCUGAGUGAGAAAUCUACCACCUUCUACAGUAGCCCCAGAUCACCGGACACAACACUCUCACCUGUCGGCACGACAAGCUCAGGCGUCAGUGAAGAAUCCACCACCUCCCACGGCCGACCAGGCUCAACGCACACAACAGCAUUCCCUGGCGGUACCACCAUGCCAGGCCUCAGUCAGGAAUCUACAGCUUCCCACAGCAGCCCAGGCUCCACAGACACGACACUGUCCCCUGGCAGUACCACAGCAUCAUCCCUUGGUCCAGAAUCUACUACCUUCCACAGCAGCCCAGGCUCCACUGAAACAACACUCUUACCUGACAACACCACGACCUCAGGCCUCCUUGAAGCAUCUACGCCCGUCCACAGCAGCACUGGAUCGCCACACACAACACUGUCCCCUGCCGGCUCUACAACCCGUCAGGGAGAAUCUACCACCUUCCAGAGCUGGCCAAGCUCAAAGGACACUAGGCCUGCACCUCCUACUACCACAUCAGCCUUUGUUGAGCUAUCUACAACCUCCCACAGCAGCCCGAGCUCAACUCCAACAACCCACUUUUCUGCCAGCUCCACAACCUUGGGCCGUAGUGAGGAAUCGACAACAGUCCACAGCAGCCCAGUUGCAACUGCAACAACACCCUCGCCUGCCCGCUCCACAACCUCAGGCCUCGUUGAAGAAUCUACGACCUACCACAGCAGCCCGGGCUCAACUCAAACAACGCACUUCCCUGAAAGCGCCACAACUUCAGGCCGUGGUGAAGAAUCAACAACUUCCCACAGCAGCACAACACACACAAUAUCUUCACCUCCUAGCACCACAUCUGCCCUUGUUGAAGAACCUACAAGCUACCACAGCAGCCCGGGCUCAACUGCAACAACACACUUCCCUGACAGCUCCACAACCUCAGGCCGUAGUGAGGAAUCAACAGCAUCCCACAGCAGCCAAGACGCAACGGGAACAAUAGUCCUACCUGCCCGCUCCACAACCUCAGUUCUUCUUGGAGAAUCUACGACCUCACCCAUCAGUUCAGGCUCAACGGAAACGACAGCGUUACCCGGCAGUACCACAACGCCAGGCCUCAGUGACAAAUCUACCACUUUCCACAGUAGCCCCAGAUCACCAGCCACAACACUCUCACCUGCCAGCACGACAAGCUCAGGCGUCAGUGAAGAAUCCACCACCUCCCACAGCCGACCAGGCUCAACGCACACAACAGCAUUCCCUGACAGCACCACCACGCCAGGCCUCAGUCGGGAUUCUACAACUUCCCACAGCAGCCCAGGCUCAACGGAUACAACACCGUUACCUGCCAGCACCACCACCUCAGGCCCCAGGCAGGAAUCAACAACUUCCCACAGCAGCCCAGGUUCAACUGACACAGCACUGUCCCCUGGCAGUACCACAGCCUUAUCCUUUGGUCAAGAAUCUACAACCUUCCACAGCAGCCCAGGCUCCACUCACACAACACUCUUCCCUGACAGCACCACAAGCUCAGGCAUCGUUGAAGCAUCUACACGCGUCCACAGCAGCACUGGCUCACCACGCACAACACUGUCCCCUGCCAGCUCCACAAGCCCUGGACUUCAGGGAGAAUCUACCGCCUUCCAGACCCACCCAGCCUCAACUCACACAACGCCUUCACCUCCUAGCACCACAACAGCCCCUGUUGAAGAAUCUACAACCUACCACCGCAGCCCAGGCUCGACUCCAACAACACACUUCCCUGCCAGCUCCACAACUUCGGGCCACAGUGAGAAAUCAACAAUAUUCCACAGCAGCCCAGAUGCAAGUGGGACAACACCCUCGCCUGCCCACUCCACAACCUCAGGUCGUGGAGAAUCUACAACCUCUCGCAUCAGUCCAGGCUCAACUGAAAUAACAACGUUACCUGGCAGUACCACAACACCAGGCCUCAGUGAGGCAUCUACCACCUUCUACAGCAGCCCCAGAUCACCAACCACAACACUCUCACCUGCUAGCAUGACAAGCCUAGGCGUCGGUGAAGAAUCCACCACCUCCCGUAGCCAACCAGGUUCUACUCACUCAACAGUGUCACCUGCCAGCACCACCACGCCAGGCCUCAGUGAGGAAUCUACCACCGCCUACAGCAGCAGCCCAGGCUCAACUGAAACCACAGUGUUCCCUCGCAGCACCACAACCUCAGUUCGUGGUGAAGAGCCUACAACCUUCCACAGCCGGCCAGCCUCAACUCACACAACACUGUUCGCUGAGGACAGCACCACCUCGGGCCUCACUGAAGAAUCUACAGCCUUCCCCGGCAGCCCAGUCUCCACCCAAACAGGGUUACCUGCCACACUCACAACCGCAGACCUCGGUGAGGAAUCAACAACCUUUCCCAGCAGCUCAGGCUCAACUGGAACAACACUCUCACCUGCCCGCUCCACCACCUCUGGCCUCGUUGGAGAAUCUACACCCUCACGCCUCAGUCCAAGCUCAACCGAAACAACAACUUUACCCGGCAGUCCCACAACACCAAGCCUCAGUGAGAAAUCAACCACCUUCUACACUAGCCCCAGAUCACCAGAUGCAACACUCUCACCUGCAACCACAACAAGCUCAGGCGUCAGCGAAGAAUCCAGCACAUCCCACAGUCAACCAGGCUCAACGCACACAACAGUGUUCCCUGACAGCACCACCACCUCAGGCCUCAGUCAGGAACCUACGACUUCCCACAGCAGCCAAGGCUCAACAGAGGCAACACUGUCCCCUGGAAGUACCACAGCCUCAUCCCUUGGUCAACAAUCUACCACCUUCCACAGCAGCCCAGGCGCCACUGAAACCACACUCUUACCUGACGACACCAUAACCUCAGGCCCCGUGGAGGCAUCUACACCCACCCACAGCAGCACUGGCUCGCUACACACAACACUGACCCCUGCCAGCUCCACAAGCACUGGCCUUCAGGAAGAAUCUACCACUUUCCAGAGCUGGCCAAGCUCGAGUGACACAACACCUUCACCUCGUGGCACCACAGCAGCCCCUGUUGAAGUAUCCACAACCUACCACAGCCGCCCGAGCUCAACUCCAACAACACACUUUUCUGCCAGUUCCACAACCUUGGGCCGUAGUGAGGAAUCAACAACAGUCCACAGCAGCCCAGGUGCAACUGGAACAACACUCUUCCCUACCCGCUCUGCAACCUCAGUUCUUGUUGGAGAACCUACAAUGUCACCCAUCAGUUCAGGCUCAGUGGAAACAACAGCAUUACCUGGCAGUACCACAACAGCAGGCCUGAGUGAGAAAUCUACCACCUUCUACAGUAGCCCCAGAUCACCGGACACAACACUCUCACCUGUCGGCACGACAAGCUCAGGCGUCAGUGAAGAAUCCACCACCUCCCACGGCCGACCAGGCUCAACGCACACAACAGCAUUCCCUGGCGGUACCACCAUGCCAGGCCUCAGUCAGGAAUCUACAGCUUCCCACAGCAGCCCAGGCUCCACAGACACGACACUGUCCCCUGGCAGUACCACAGCAUCAUCCCUUGGUCCAGAAUCUACUACCUUCCACAGCAGCCCAGGCUCCACUGAAACAACACUCUUACCUGACAACACCACGACCUCAGGCCUCCUUGAAGCAUCUACGCCCGUCCACAGCAGCACUGGAUCGCCACACACAACACUGUCCCCUGCCGGCUCUACAACCCGUCAGGGAGAAUCUACCACCUUCCAGAGCUGGCCAAGCUCAAAGGACACUAGGCCUGCACCUCCUACUACCACAUCAGCCUUUGUUGAGCUAUCUACAACCUCCCACAGCAGCCCGAGCUCAACUCCAACAACCCACUUUUCUGCCAGCUCCACAACCUUGGGCCGUAGUGAGGAAUCGACAACAGUCCACAGCAGCCCAGUUGCAACUGCAACAACACCCUCGCCUGCCCGCUCCACAACCUCAGGCCUCGUUGAAGAAUCUACGACCUACCACAGCAGCCCGGGCUCAACUCAAACAACGCACUUCCCUGAAAGCGCCACAACUUCAGGUCGUGGUGAAGAAUCAACAACUUCCCACAGCAGCACAACACACACAAUAUCUUCACCUCCUAGCACCACAUCUGCCCUUGUUGAAGAACCUACAAGCUACCACAGCAGCCCGGGCUCAACUGCAACAACACACUUCCCUGACAGCUCCACAACCUCAGGCCGUAGUGAGGAAUCAACAGCAUCCCACAGCAGCCAAGACGCAACGGGAACAAUAGUCCUACCUGCCCGCUCCACAACCUCAGUUCUUCUUGGAGAAUCUACGACCUCACCCAUCAGUUCAGGCUCAACGGAAACGACAGCGUUACCCGGCAGUACCACAACGCCAGGCCUCAGUGACAAAUCUACCACUUUCCACAGUAGCCCCAGAUCACCAGCCACAACACUCUCACCUGCCAGCACGACAAGCUCAGGCGUCAGUGAAGAAUCCACCACCUCCCACAGCCGACCAGGCUCAACGCACACAACAGCAUUCCCUGACAGCACCACCACGCCAGGCCUCAGUCGGGAUUCUACAACUUCCCACAGCAGCCCAGGCUCAACGGAUACAACACCGUUACCUGCCAGCACCACCACCUCAGGCCCCAGGCAGGAAUCAACAACUUCCCACAGCAGCCCAGGUUCAACUGACACAGCACUGUCCCCUGGCAGUACCACAGCCUUAUCCUUUGGUCAAGAAUCUACAACCUUCCACAGCAGCCCAGGCUCCACUCACACAACACUCUUCCCUGACAGCACCACAAGCUCAGGCAUCGUUGAAGCAUCUACACGCGUCCACAGCAGCACUGGCUCACCACGCACAACACUGUCCCCUGCCAGCUCCACAAGCCCUGGACUUCAGGGAGAAUCUACCGCCUUCCAGACCCACCCAGCCUCAACUCACACAACGCCUUCACCUCCUAGCACCACAACAGCCCCUGUUGAAGAAUCUACAACCUACCACCGCAGCCCAGGCUCGACUCCAACAACACACUUCCCUGCCAGCUCCACAACUUCGGGCCACAGUGAGAAAUCAACAAUAUUCCACAGCAGCCCAGAUGCAAGUGGGACAACACCCUCGCCUGCCCACUCCACAACCUCAGGUCGUGGAGAAUCUACAACCUCUCGCAUCAGUCCAGGCUCAACUGAAAUAACAACGUUACCUGGCAGUACCACAACACCAGGCCUCAGUGAGGCAUCUACCACCUUCUACAGCAGCCCCAGAUCACCAACCACAACACUCUCACCUGCCAGCAUGACAAGCCUAGGCGUCGGUGAAGAAUCCACCACCUCCCGUAGCCAACCAGGUUCUACUCACUCAACAGUGUCACCUGCCAGCACCACCACGCCAGGCCUCAGUGAGGAAUCUACCACCGCCUACAGCAGCAGCCCAGGCUCAACUGAAACCACAGUGUUCCCUCGCAGCACCACAACCUCAGUUCGUGGUGAAGAGCCUACAACCUUCCACAGCCGGCCAGCCUCAACUCACACAACACUGUUCGCUGAGGACAGCACCACCUCGGGCCUCACUGAAGAAUCUACAGCCUUCCCCGGCAGCCCAGUCUCCACCCAAACAGGGUUACCUGCCACACUCACAACCGCAGACCUCGGUGAGGAAUCAACAACCUUUCCCAGCAGCUCAGGCUCAACUGGAACAACACUCUCACCUGCCCGCUCCACCACCUCUGGCCUCGUUGGAGAAUCUACACCCUCACGCCUCAGUCCAAGCUCAACCGAAACAACAACUUUACCCGGCAGUCCCACAACACCAAGCCUCAGUGAGAAAUCAACCACCUUCUACACUAGCCCCAGAUCACCAGAUGCAACACUCUCACCUGCAACCACAACAAGCUCAGGCGUCAGCGAAGAAUCCAGCACAUCCCACAGUCAACCAGGCUCAACGCACACAACAGCGUUCCCUGACAGCACCACCACCUCAGGCCUCAGUCAGGAACCUACGACUUCCCACAGCAGCCAAGGCUCAACAGAGGCAACACUGUCCCCUGGCAGUACCACAGCCUCAUCCCUUGGUCAACAAUCUACCACCUUCCACAGCAGCCCAGGCGCCACUGAAACCACACUCUUACCUGACGACACCAUAACCUCAGGCCCCGUGGAGGCAUCUACACCCACCCACAGCAGCACUGGCUCGCUACACACAACACUGACCCCUGCCAGCUCCACAAGCACUGGCCUUCAGGAAGAAUCUACCACUUUCCAGAGCUGGCCAAGCUUGAGUGACACAACACCUUCACCUCGUGGCACCACAGCAGCCCCUGUUGAAGUAUCCACAACCUACCACAGCCGCCCGAGCUCAACUCCAACAACACACUUUUCUGCCAGUUCCACAACCUUGGGCCGUAGUGAGGAAUCAACAACAGUCCACAGCAGCCCAGGUGCAACUGGAACAACACUCUUCCCUACCCGCUCUGCAACCUCAGUUCUUGUUGGAGAACCUACAACGUCACCCAUCAGUUCAGGCUCAGUGGAAACAACAGCAUUACCUGGCAGUACCACAACAGCAGGCCUGAGUGAGAAAUCUACCACCUUCUACAGUAGCCCCAGAUCACCGGACACAACACUCUCACCUGUCGGCACGACAAGCUCAGGCGUCAGUGAAGAAUCCACCACCUCCCACGGCCAACCAGGCUCAACGCACACAACAGCAUUCCCUGGCGGUACCACCAUGCCAGGCCUCAGUCAGGAAUCUACAGCUUCCCACAGCAGCCCAGGCUCCACAGACACGACACUGUCCCCUGGCAGUACCACAGCAUCAUCCCUUGGUCCAGAAUCUACUACCUUCCACAGCAGCCCAGGCUCCACUGAAACAACACUCUUACCUGACAACACCACGACCUCAGGCCUCCUUGAAGCAUCUACGCCCGUCCACAGCAGCACUGGAUCGCCACACACAACACUGUCCCCUGCCGGCUCUACAACCCGUCAGGGAGAAUCUACCACCUUCCAGAGCUGGCCAAGCUCAAAGGACACUAGGCCUGCACCUCCUACUACCACAUCAGCCUUUGUUGAGCUAUCUACAACCUCCCACAGCAGCCCAAGCUCAACUCCAACAACCCACUUUUCUGCCAGCUCCACAACCUUGGGCCGUAGUGAGGAAUCGACAACAGUGCACAGCAGCCCAGUUGCAACUGCAACAACACCCUCGCCUGCCCGCUCCACAACCUCAGGCCUCGUUGAAGAAUCUACGACCUACCACAGCAGCCCGGGCUCAACUCAAACAACGCACUUCCCUGAAAGCGCCACAACUUCAGGCCGUGGUGAAGAAUCAACAACUUCCCACAGCAGCACAACACACACAAUAUCUUCACCUCCUAGCACCACAUCUGCCCUUGUUGAAGAACCUACAAGCUACCACAGCAGCCCGGGCUCAACUGCAACAACACACUUCCCUGACAGCUCCACAACCUCAGGCCGUAGUGAGGAAUCAACAGCAUCCCACAGCAGCCAAGACGCAACGGGAACAAUAGUCCUACCUGCCCGCUCCACAACCUCAGUUCUUCUUGGAGAAUCUACGACCUCACCCAUCAGUUCAGGCUCAACGGAAACGACAGCGUUACCCGGCAGUACCACAACGCCAGGCCUCAGUGACAAAUCUACCACUUUCCACAGUAGCCCCAGAUCACCAGCCACAACACUCUCACCUGCCAGCACGACAAGCUCAGGCGUCAGUGAAGGAUCCACCACCUCCCACAGCCGACCAGGCUCAACGCACACAACAGCAUUCCCUGACAGCACCACCACGCCAGGCCUCAGUCGGGAUUCUACAACUUCCCACAGCAGCCCAGGCUCAACGGAUACAACACCGUUACCUGCCAGCACCACCACCUCAGGCCCCAGGCAGGAAUCAACAACUUCCCACAGCAGCCCAGGUUCAACUGACACAGCACUGUCCCCUGGCAGUACCACAGCCUUAUCCUUUGGUCAAGAAUCUACAACCUUCCACAGCAGCCCAGGCUCCACUCACACAACACUCUUCCCUGACAGCACCACAAGCUCAGGCAUCGUUGAAGCAUCUACACGCGUCCACAGCAGCACUGGCUCACCACGCACAACACUGUCCCCUGCCAGCUCCACAAGCCCUGGACUUCAGGGAGAAUCUACCGCCUUCCAGACCCACCCAGCCUCAACUCACACAACGCCUUCACCUCCUAGCACCACAACAGCCCCUGUUGAAGAAUCUACAACCUACCACUGCAGCCCAGGCUCGACUCCAACAACACACUUCCCUGCCAGCUCCACAACUUCGGGCCACAGUGAGAAAUCAACAAUAUUCCACAGCAGCCCAGAUGCAAGUGGGACAACACCCUCGCCUGCCCACUCCACAACCUCAGGUCGUGGAGAAUCUACAACCUCUCGCAUCAGUCCAGGCUCAACUGAAAUAACAACGUUACCUGGCAGUACCACAACACCAGGCCUCAGUGAGGCAUCUACCACCUUCUACAGCAGCCCCAGAUCACCAACCACAACACUCUCACCUGCCAGCAUGACAAGCCUAGGCGUCGGUGAAGAAUCCACCACCUCCCGUAGCCAACCAGGUUCUACUCACUCAACAGUGUCACCUGCCAGCACCACCACGCCAGGCCUCAGUGAGGAAUCUACCACCGCCUACAGCAGCAGCCCAGGCUCAACUGAAACCACAGUGUUCCCUCGCAGCACCACAACCUCAGUUCGUGGUGAAGAGCCUACAACCUUCCACCGCCGGCCAGCCUCAACUCACACAACACUGUUCGCUGAGGACAGCACCACCUCGGGCCUCACUGAAGAAUCUACAGCCUUCCCCGGCAGCCCAGUCUCCACCCAAACAGGGUUACCUGCCACACUCACAACCGCAGACCUCGGUGAGGAAUCAACAACCUUUCCCAGCAGCUCAGGCUCAACUGGAACAACACUCUCACCUGCCCGCUCCACCACCUCUGGCCUCGUUGGAGAAUCUACACCCUCACGCCUCAGUCCAAGCUCAACCAAAACAACAACUUUACCCGGCAGUCCCACAACACCAAGCCUCAGUGAGAAAUCAACCACCUUCUACACUAGCCCCAGAUCACCAGAUGCAACACUCUCACCUGCAACCACAACAAGCUCAGGCGUCAGCGAAGAAUCCAGCACAUCCCACAGUCAACCAGGCUCAACGCACACAACAGCGUUCCCUGACAGCACCACCACCUCAGGCCUCAGUCAGGAACCUACGACUUCCCACAGCAGCCAAGGCUCAACAGAGGCAACACUGUCCCCUGGCAGUACCACAGCCUCAUCCCUUGGUCAACAAUCUACCACCUUCCACAGCAGCCCAGGCGCCACUGAAACCACACUCUUACCUGACGACACCAUAACCUCAGGCCCCGUGGAGGCAUCUACACCCACCCACAGCAGCACUGGCUCGCUACACACAACACUGACCCCUGCCAGCUCCACAAGCACUGGCCUUCAGGAAGAAUCUACCACUUUCCAGAGCUGGCCAAGCUCGAGUGACACAACACCUUCACCUCGUGGCACCACAGCAGCCCCUGUUGAAGUAUCCACAACCUACCACAGCCGCCCGAGCUCAACUCCAACAACACACUUUUCUGCCAGUUCCACAACCUUGGGCCGUAGUGAGGAAUCAACAACAGUCCACAGCAGCCCAGGUGCAACUGGAACAACACUCUUCCCUACCCGCUCUGCAACCUCAGUUCUUGUUGGAGAACCUACAACGUCACCCAUCAGUUCAGGCUCAGUGGAAACAACAGCAUUACCUGGCAGUACCACAACAGCAGGCCUGAGUGAGAAAUCUACCACCUUCUACAGUAGCCCCAGAUCACCGGACACAACACUCUCACCUGUCGGCACGACAAGCUCAGGCGUCAGUGAAGAAUCCACCACCUCCCACGGCCGACCAGGCUCAACGCACACAACAGCAUUCCCUGGCGGUACCACCAUGCCAGGCCUCAGUCAGGAAUCUACAGCUUCCCACAGCAGCCCAGGCUCCACAGACACGACACUGUCCCCUGGCAGUACCACAGCAUCAUCCCUUGGUCCAGAAUCUACUACCUUCCACAGCAGCCCAGGCUCCACUGAAACAACACUCUUACCUGACAACACCACGACCUCAGGCCUCCUUGAAGCAUCUACGCCCGUCCACAGCAGCACUGGAUCGCCACACACAACACUGUCCCCUGCCGGCUCUACAACCCGUCAGGGAGAAUCUACCACCUUCCAGAGCUGGCCAAGCUCAAAGGACACUAGGCCUGCACCUCCUACUACCACAUCAGCCUUUGUUGAGCUAUCUACAACCUCCCACAGCAGCCCGAGCUCAACUCCAACAACCCACUUUUCUGCCAGCUCCACAACCUUGGGCCGUAGUGAGGAAUCGACAACAGUCCACAGCAGCCCAGUUGCAACUGCAACAACACCCUCGCCUGCCCGCUCCACAACCUCAGGCCUCGUUGAAGAAUCUACGACCUACCACAGCAGCCCGGGCUCAACUCAAACAACGCACUUCCCUGAAAGCGCCACAACUUCAGGCCGUGGUGAAGAAUCAACAACUUCCCACAGCAGCACAACACACACAAUAUCUUCACCUCCUAGCACCACAUCUGCCCUUGUUGAAGAACCUACAAGCUACCACAGCAGCCCGGGCUCAACUGCAACAACACACUUCCCUGACAGCUCCACAACCUCAGGCCGUAGUGAGGAAUCAACAGCAUCCCACAGCAGCCAAGACGCAACGGGAACAAUAGUCCUACCUGCCCGCUCCACAACCUCAGUUCUUCUUGGAGAAUCUACGACCUCACCCAUCAGUUCAGGCUCAACGGAAACGACAGCGUUACCCGGCAGUACCACAACGCCAGGCCUCAGUGACAAAUCUACCACUUUCCACAGUAGCCCCAGAUCACCAGCCACAACACUCUCACCUGCCAGCACGACAAGCUCAGGCGUCAGUGAAGGAUCCACCACCUCCCACAGCCGACCAGGCUCAACGCACACAACAGCAUUCCCUGACAGCACCACCACGCCAGGCCUCAGUCGGGAUUCUACAACUUCCCACAGCAGCCCAGGCUCAACGGAUACAACACCGUUACCUGCCAGCACCACCACCUCAGGCCCCAGGCAGGAAUCAACAACUUCCCACAGCAGCCCAGGUUCAACUGACACAGCACUGUCCCCUGGCAGUACCACAGCCUUAUCCUUUGGUCAAGAAUCUACAACCUUCCACAGCAGCCCAGGCUCCACUCACACAACACUCUUCCCUGACAGCACCACAAGCUCAGGCAUCGUUGAAGCAUCUACACGCGUCCACAGCAGCACUGGCUCACCACGCACAACACUGUCCCCUGCCAGCUCCACAAGCCCUGGACUUCAGGGAGAAUCUACCGCCUUCCAGACCCACCCAGCCUCAACUCACACAACGCCUUCACCUCCUAGCACCACAACAGCCCCUGUUGAAGAAUCUACAACCUACCACCGCAGCCCAGGCUCGACUCCAACAACACACUUCCCUGCCAGCUCCACAACUUCGGGCCACAGUGAGAAAUCAACAAUAUUCCACAGCAGCCCAGAUGCAAGUGGGACAACACCCUCGCCUGCCCACUCCACAACCUCAGGUCGUGGAGAAUCUACAACCUCUCGCAUCAGUCCAGGCUCAACUGAAAUAACAACGUUACCUGGCAGUACCACAACACCAGGCCUCAGUGAGGCAUCUACCACCUUCUACAGCAGCCCCAGAUCACCAACCACAACACUCUCACCUGCCAGCAUGACAAGCCUAGGCGUCGGUGAAGAAUCCACCACCUCCCGUAGCCAACCAGGUUCUACUCACUCAACAGUGUCACCUGCCAGCACCACCACGCCAGGCCUCAGUGAGGAAUCUACCACCGCCUACAGCAGCAGCCCAGGCUCAACUGAAACCACAGUGUUCCCUCGCAGCACCACAACCUCAGUUCGUGGUGAAGAGCCUACAACCUUCCACAGCCGGCCAGCCUCAACUCACACAACACUGUUCGCUGAGGACAGCACCACCUCGGGCCUCACUGAAGAAUCUACAGCCUUCCCCGGCAGCCCAGUCUCCACCCAAACAGGGUUACCUGCCACACUCACAACCGCAGACCUCGGUGAGGAAUCAACAACCUUUCCCAGCAGCUCAGGCUCAACUGGAACAACACUCUCACCUGCCCGCUCCACCACCUCUGGCCUCGUUGGAGAAUCUACACCCUCACGCCUCAGUCCAAGCUCAACCGAAACAACAACUUUACCCGGCAGUCCCACAACACCAAGCCUCAGUGAGAAAUCAACCACCUUCUACACUAGCCCCAGAUCACCAGAUGCAACACUCUCACCUGCAACCACAACAAGCUCAGGCGUCAGCGAAGAAUCCAGCACAUCCCACAGUCAACCAGGCUCAACGCACACAACAGCGUUCCCUGACAGCACCACCACCUCAGGCCUCAGUCAGGAACCUACGACUUCCCACAGCAGCCAAGGCUCAACAGAGGCAACACUGUCCCCUGGAAGUACCACAGCCUCAUCCCUUGGUCAACAAUCUACCACCUUCCACAGCAGCCCAGGCGCCACUGAAACCACACUCUUACCUGACGACACCAUAACCUCAGGCCCCGUGGAGGCAUCUACACCCACCCACAGCAGCACUGGCUCGCUACACACAACACUGACCCCUGCCAGCUCCACAAGCACUGGCCUUCAGGAAGAAUCUACCACUUUCCAGAGCUGGCCAAGCUCGAGUGACACAACACCUUCACCUCGUGGCACCACAGCAGCCCCUGUUGAACCCCAGAUCACCGGACACAACACUCUCACCUGUCGGCACGACAAGCUCAGGCGUCAGUGA